AUAAAAUUCAGCAAUGGAUUAGGGCUUUUGUUGCAGUGGCCGUAUUAGUAUCGUGGAAAGCAAAGCCUAGCCGAUCAGAUCUCCCCUCUAUCUAUCUUCCUUACACAGAAAUGGCCAAGUCGAAGAAUCACACCGCGCAUAACCAGUCGGCUAAGGCCCACAAGAACGGAAUCAAGAAGCCCAGGAGGCACCGUCACACUCCCACCAGAGGAAUGGACCCAAAGUUCUUGAGGAACCAGAGGUACGCUAGGAAGCACAACGUCAAGAGCGGCGAGAAUGCCACCACUGAAGACUAAGCUUUUGUAUUCUCUGAAACUCGUUUAGUAGACAAAAGAACCAGUUUUACUUUUUAUCUUUUCGUUUGAUUUAUGUUUCCGCAAAUGGUUUGUGUACUCUUUCAAUCCAGGCCUUUAAUUUAAUAUCAGAGAUUUUAAUGAGGUUGCA